AUGCCAAGACGAAAGUUAUGUCAACAUCCAACUAUGCAUACAGGUUCUUCUUAUGUGGCAACAGGUCCACGUCGAAUCUCUCCUCAACUUCUCACUUUUAUACGCAAUCGUUAUGGUUUUGAAGAGAUGAAUAUUUAUCGAUUGUGCCCGCAGUGUCAUUCUGUGGAAACGAAGAUGAUGAAGAAACAACAUGAAAUGGAUAAAGAUGAUAUGGAUGUUAGUGAUAAUGAAUUAAGUGGAAAUAGUUCGAUGGAUAAUGAAGGAGAAAAUGAUGAUAAUGAAGAAGUGGAUGAUGGAAGUGAUCAGAAUGAUUAUGAUGACGAACCAAGUGAAGACGAGAUGCUUCUGGAAGCCACUUAUCGUGAAGAACAAGCGAUGGAGCAGCUUUCUGCUGUUUUUAACUUAUUAAAGAUAAAACAAGUCCAUGAUAAGGGUAUAUAUCUUCAUGGUUUAUGCGAUAUAAUUGAAGGAAAAUCUGUACAAGCAAAUAAUCCAAACCCACACGAGCUUCUUGUUCAAGAAUCCAAUGAUCUUCUGACGGGUUUGAAAAAUUUAUUCAAUGAAAGUGAUGCUUCAGAGCAAGUUCGUCUCUUAACCAUUGCGCCUAAGAAGUGGGGUCGCGAAAAAAUUCGUAAAUGGUUCGGAUCAAGCGAACAUCAAGCUCGUGAAUCACUUGUGCUUCGGGAGAACGAAGGUGUUCUUGCUUUUCCUCAGUAUUUCAAAGGCAACACACCAAUUUCUAAUGAUACAAUUACUAGUAUAAUAAACUUCUAUCGCGAAGAUGGUACUAGUCGUAUUUCAUCAAGCUCAAAAGAUACCAUUCAAAUUAAUCAAAAUACAGUACCCAUUCGUUAUAUGGAAAUGAGUAUCUUGGAUGCCUUUCGUAUAUUUGAUGAACGUUCUCCUGGUUUGGUCGGUCGUACAACAUUUUACUCAUCGCGCCCUCGAGAUUCAUGGAAUAACUAUUGUCAACGCAUACAGAAAAAGUCUUCUUCAAUGGAAUUAAAGUUAUUCGAUAUAAAAGAUCUUAUCAAUGAAAUGGUUUGUAAUGAUGAUAAAGAAGAUUGUUUUAUUGGUGAAUGUCAGCAAUGUUCAACCAAAUCUCUUAUUAAUAUUCUUACAAGAAACAUCAACGUUGACCUUGAUGAAAAUUGUUCUUGGACUAUUUGGCAAAAAUUAAAUAAUAAAUUUGAUCUUCAACAAACGACGGGUUCUGUUGAAGCACUUUUAGCUCAAAUAGAAGAACAAUGGUUCCCAUUUAUUUUGCAUACCUUCUGUAAUCGAAGUCAACGUGAAUAUAUUGCUGAACUUCGUAGGCAAUCAACAAAAACAACUUUUGUUGUUGCUCAAAUGGAUUUUUCUAUGAACUAUACUCUCGUUCGUCAACGAGAAGUACAACAAGGUUUCUUCUCCCAACAUCAAGCGUCUCUCUUUACAACACAUUUAACAAUUGGAAAAGAACACCGUGAUAUUGCAAUAAUCAGUGAUUCCAUGGAACAUAAUAUGCCAUUCGUUUACGGCGCUCAACGGAUCAUUACUGAUUAUAGUCUUCGAAGUAUUCAAGGUCUUUAA